UGCGGGCCAGUCAGUCGCGUUUAAGCACCGAUUGUGGUGGUGCAAGUUGGUGCUCCUCCUCCUCGCAGUCCCUUUCGGUUGAGUUCAGUGAUAGUGCCUACUGAGAUUCACAAAGGUUACUCAGACUGCGUUAGUGAUUGUGGUGGCCGGUUCUGGAGUGUCGUCGGGACACAAUGUACACCGUAUCGAAAGGUCCCAGCAAGCUGGUCGCGAAAACAAGGAGAGGUAUUCCGCAAAACUAUGAAAAGUUUGAACUGAUGCGGGACUUGGGCAAGAAGAACGGUGGCGGUGACUGUGAUAUUAGCAAUGAGUUUAGCGUACCCCGGCCGGUGUUUCAGACAGCAAAGAAAUCGGCAUCACAUCACCUGCGGGCACAGCAACAGCAAUCGGAAUCAGAACAUCUGAGUCCCCAGCAUGAGGAGCUGAUAAAGUACAUCAACGACUCGUGGAACAUGGUUGUCGCGUCAAACCCCUACGACGUCCCCGGCUCGCCGGAUAGUAGUGCAAGUUACGACGUCUCCCUCUCGUCGUCCUGCAGCACCAGCUCGAUGUCCUCCACCUGCUCCAACAGUAGUACCGGCACGCUGUACUACAACGACCCGCCCAGCCCGGUGCUGGUGGACUUUAAGCCGUUCGACCUGGAGUCCUGGUGGGGGAGGAGAAUAUUCAACAAUAUUACCAAAAACCUGUGAAAGUCUGAGAAUAUCAACUGAGUGAAAAAAAAACAAACAAAUCACACAAAAAAAACACAGAAAACACAAGACACAACUGCAAAUACUUACCCAGUGCAGGCUUAGGGCAGCUAGGACGAAUAAAACAAACAAAAAAAAUCUGUGAAUUAUUCGAAGACGAAGCGCAAAAUUGUAAAAAGUAGUAGUACCUAUUUCGAAAGUUUGGUUGGAACGACAAAUAUGCAAUUAUCACACACACACACCCACACACAGUUCGAUAUCAGUAUGGCCAGGGCGCGCAAACGAGGAUGUUUGAGGUUCUGUGAUGCGAUUUAGAGCAUUUAGGAAUGAUUGGCUUGAGGGGAAAAAAAUGCAGGAAUCAUUUUUGUUUGUUAGCUUGUGUAGUAGAUGACUUAGGAAUUAUCAUUUUUGUUAUACUAGUAAGUUUUGUUCCUAAAAAGAAGGCGGUUCUUGCCACUGAAAAUUGUGUUGAACGCGUAGCUUUGAUCCAAAUUGUGUCCUUAUGUGGAUUGUACGCGGUUCAGAAAGGUCAUAUGAAACUAGAAGAAAAAGAAGGGGAAAAUUAUCAGUUUAUCCUUGUUUUCAGUAGUGCCCACAAACACGAAAUUCAUUUUUCCUGUGAUAACGUCAACUGUUUCUUAAAUUGAUGCGGAGAAUGAAUCCUAGACUGUGCGAACUCGGUGUUUUACGGAGGCUGCUUCCGCGGGGAUGAUUUUGCUAAGCUAAGGAUUUGCCGGAAAAGUUGAAAGACAUGAGCUCGUUCUAACUGUGUGCGCGUGAGUGCAAGGUAUGUACGAGUGUGUAUUGAGAUGAGUCAGAGCUGAUUGUGUGCGAAAGUAAUAUUACUGAGAUAGUUUUACCAAUUAGAUAUGUUAUGGAACUGAGAUAAGCAAACUAAAAUAAAAAAAAAUGCUAGUGAGAAAAAUCA